AUGGACCUGAAAUCGUUCUCCCCUAGUUCCGUGUCCACAUCUGAGGUUGCCCAUGUUGCAAGAUCCUAUUCCCCUUUGAUCUCCAGUCUCAGGCACAAGGUUGGAGUUAAAUUUUCUACCCACUUCAAGUGUCGCAGAGGUUUGUUUCUGAGGACUUAUAGUGGUGCGGAUAACGCUUAUUUGACAAAUAAAGCUGUAGUUAGUUCAGUUGGUCAAGAUAAUUUUGCAGCAGAAACGAGUUCCCGUAGAAUUAAUGGAACCGAUGGCUCAACUUCGAGCUUCUAUCACAGAAAUCUGAGACUACUUAAUGCUUUUGAUGAUGAAUAUGGGGGAGUUGUCAUUGAUUCUGAUAGGAUACCAUCCAACCCAUAUACCUUCGCAUCUUUGUUGCCUCUGUCUCUUUUUCAGUGGAAAAAGAUGGGAAAGAAGGGCAUUUGGCUUAAGUUGCCAUUAGAGCAAUCUGACCUUGUUCCAAUUGCUGUCAAGGAAGGCUUCCAAUACCACCAUGCAGAGCCAGGAUAUGUGAUGUUAACUUAUUGGAUUCCUGAAGGGCCUAGCAUGCUUCCAGCGAAUGCGUCACAUCAAGUUGGCGUUGGUGGAUUUGUCAUCAACGACAAAAAUGAAGUGCUUGUAGUACAAGAGAAACACUGCUCUCCAGCAACUCUUGGUCUUUGGAAGAUACCGACAGGAUUCAUUCUUGAGGCGGAGGAGAUAUAUACUGGAGCUGUAAGAGAAGUGAAGGAGGAAACUGGGAUCGACACAGAGUUCAUUGAAGUCAUAGCAUUCAGGCAUGCUCAUAAUGUGGCCUUUGAGAAGUCAGAUUUGUUCUUCAUUUGCAUGCUAAGACCCCUGUCAUCUAAGAUCAUUGUUGAUGAUCUUGAAAUUGAAGCUGCAAAGUGGAUGCCCCUGGUUGAGUUUGUGGAACAACCACUCAUCCAAGAAGAUUCUAUGUUCAAGAAGAUCGUAGAUAUCUUUAUUGCUCGUCUAGGGAAACGCUAUUGUGGCUUAUCGACGCAUCAAGUAGUUUCAAAGUUUGAUGGCAUGGUAUCUUCCUUGUAUUACAAUGUCAUCGACAAUGAAGAUAACUGUGUUGGAGAAUGA